UGUCAUGCAGUGUGAAACAUAAAUAAAGCGUAUUCGUUUUAAAUAAAUCAUGACUUAAUACUCAAGCCUAAAAUGUUAAAAUUAAUUAAUAUACUUAGAAAAGUAACUGGAACUCACAUAUUUUAUUUUUAUUAAUCACAUUAUGGAUGGUUUAAUUCACGCGGCAUUGGAAGCAGAGGUUAUACUUAAUCGGGCUAAACAUGUGAAUUCAAACCUAAUGCAUUUUGACAGAGGUGUCUCAGAACAUAAAAUGACUUGGACCCAUGAAAAAAUGCAUUUAGCAGAAUCUGUUGAUGAUACCAGAAUGAAGUUUCAACGAAGCGCCAGUAGCUCGUCGACAAAAACAAGUGAAAAGUUUGAUUUAUUUAAAAAACUUCAUGAAUUGUACAAUGAUUUGAGCAGAGAUGAAUUAUCCCAAGCAAGCUAUCAAGGGCUUAAAACUACAUCAUAUUUACUAGAAAAGUUAUUGGCUACAUACAAUCUCAAUACUUUAAUAAUUAAUCUGUAUCCCGGUAAUAAGGGUUACUCAUUAUCUCUUAAAGUCAAUGGAAAUACACAGUGUCUUCAACCACCUGAUGGAAAUGGAUCAACAAGUCAGGAUGAGACCCUCAUAGAGACUCCAAGAUGGCCUUACGAGGAAGAGGAGCUCUUAAGUUACAUAGACAACGAAGAACUGCCUGUGGUGCUAUUGGAUCUAUUGGAAUCAGAACACUCCUGCUUAUUUUAUUCAGGAUGUAUUAUUGCUCAAGUCAGAGACUAUAGACAGGCAUAUCCAAGUUUUAUGUGUGAUACUCAUCAUGUUUUAUUAAGGCCCACCAAUCAGAGUAUAAUAACGGAUGCAAUGUGCAUUGGGAGUCGAUGUGGGUGGGCAGGGGAGGAACGCAGUGCAUUAGAGGCAGUUGAGGCUGCAUUAGUUCAUGCGGCUGCCCCACCUCUGUGCCUUGAACCUAGACCUGCAGUGGGAUUACUAGCAGCUCGGUUGCAUGCUGCUCCACGAUUAUUUAAUACACCUCGGAUAAGGCGACAGGCAAAACGAUUUUCACAGGUGGCUGUGAAUAGAAAGAGGAAAUUAGACCAGUUUACACAUUAUCAUGGUUUAGAAUUAUUGGAAUUAAUACAUCGACAGAGAGCGAAAAAUAGUAGACAGUCAGUUCCUCAUACACGACUUACGUCGAAAUAUCCGAAAAAACCACCAGAGGUGUUCAAACCAAUUGAACCGCCAAAAAUGGAGCCAUUACCUUUAGCUUUACCCUCGGAACCAAGUGGACCAUUACGGCUGGCUCGAGCGUAUGAGCGCCCGAGGCCUACACCCGACUGCCAACCUCAAUUAGUUGAGGAAUACAUUUUGGAAACAGAGAAAACUUCACCGCAUGCUGGAGCUGGUUUCUUCCAUAUAAAAUUGAGUAUAUUACAGAGGCCAUCAGAUCAGGAAUUCUUAGGAGAAUUAUAUGUAGAUAGAGACCAUGUAGAAGGUGAACGUAAUGGCGCGGCUUGUCGAUUUACUUUAGGUUCUCGGUUACAAGCAAAUAAGUAUAUACAACAGUUCACGGAGAUAUUCACAGAAGAAGGUCGAAAGUCUGUUCGGAUAAAGCACAUAGUACCUGGCCAAUUACCAAGAGUAUCAUUUACUGGGGGCAUGAGAGAAAUUCAACAAGGACAGCAUUUAUUGUUGCAGCAGAGGACAGCGGCUGCCAGUAAUUCUACUGUUCAAACACAUGCCACCACCGUUCCUGUUGUCACGUCAGCAAUAGCCACACCAACUGCUCAUCCAAAUACCAGGCAACUUCCUAUAUUGCAAGCGCAACUGCAGCAAGUUGCCACCGUUGGUACGGUCGGUGGAGUGACUGCGGUCGGCACGGUCGUUGGUACGGUUGGAAAUGUGGCCAAUGUUGCCAAUGUUGGCACGGUCGUUGGGACCGUUGGCAACGUCGCCAACGUGGCUAACGUGGGCAACGUGGGGAAUGUACCCAAUGUUGGCACGGUUGUGGGUACGGUCGGCAACGUAACUACAGUGCCCGCUGUGGCUAGCGUUCCCGCGGUUGCGGGCGUUGUUGAGUCAGCUCUCAAACAGCAACCUUCGCCCACACCACGGCUGUCUCCGCAAGUUCACGAUAUUCAUUCGACGCAGGCGUCUACAAAUCAGCUGUUGGCUCAACAAUUAACGAAUCCUCCACAACCACUCAACCCACAGAAAAUGCAGUCGGCGAUAAUUCACAUACAACACCCUUUGAUGUCUUCUGCUGGCACAUCACAAGUUCAGACUAUUCAAUAUACGAGUGCAACGACGACGCAACAAAAGACAACAGUUACAAAGCCGAGGUCGACAAAUCCAGCGAUCAACGCUCUCGUCACCAGUCUUAUGAAUUCGGCGCAGCAGUUCCAGCAAGCUGCAAACCAAAACGCGGCGAAGUCAGUGGCGAGUACAGCGAGCAGUAACGCUACGAUACUGAACUUGCUCAAUAGCGCGCCCGCAGCAAUGACACACGUGACGUCAUCAGCGGAUAACUCGCUCGAGCACAAGCUGCUAACUCGAACGGUGUCCAUUGCGGGCGCGAGACUCAUUGCCGCAACAACUGCGUCACACACGCUGCCUACGUAUACCCAGCAGGUUAUGAGUGCAUACACUCGUGACGGGGAAUCAACGAACGUAUCUAGUAGUGAGAGUGCACUAUUGGAGCGUUUGAUGGGUGGUGAAGAGACUGCGACUGCGCAGGCGCAUCAGCAGCAAGCGCAACCGCAGCCGCAACCGCAGCAGCAAACCGCGCAACCUGUGUGUCACUUACAGGGUGUGAGCCUAACAUCGCUGCAGACGCUACAAGGGUUACAAGGGCUGCAGGGGUUACCGGGGCUAGCGGGACUACAGGGUGUUCAGAACGUGCAAGUGCAAAUCCCGGGGUUGGCGGCACCUAUAUCAUUGUCACUGAAUGUGUCUGGUGCACCCAGUAGUUUGUUUGUGUCGGUGCCGCCGACCACUUCGGUGGUGCUUGCUAACCAGCCCUCUGUGCUCAGUUUGCCUAUUGCGCAACUGAUGUCAGCGGGGGUGAAGGGCGGCGUGCGCGGCGGCACGGUGCAGGUGGUGCGCGGCGCGCGCCCCGCCCGCCUCGCGCGCCCCGCCGCCCGCCCCGCGCUGCAGCCCGCCGGCACUGCUCAAUUCAUCACUCAGCCCCAAACGCAAACGCUGAACGCGCACCAGGUGAGGCGGAAAUCGAACCCGGACAGUUCAUAGUAAAGACUUUAUGUACACCACACUGCCGUUAGUUAAAUUGUAAAUAAGUGCAAGUAGAUGAAAUUUAUUUAAGGUGACAGUGAUGAGUGUAUCCGUGCAAUAUGCGAAUAGCCAAUCGAUGGAAUCUAAACAUUGAACUUAUUUAUGCCAGAUGUUCAACUAUUGUAAAUUUAUACGUAAUAUUUAAAAAAUCGCCGAAUGAGACUGACGAAUUCAUUUUGUUACAAUAAAUAUCUCCAAUAUAUAAAAUAAUAAAAUAAAAUGAUAAUUUUUAAUCGUGCAAACGCAAUAUUUUAUAUACAAAGUUAUCGUGUAUAUUUUUAUGUCACAAACGUUAUGUAUGGGGUUUGAAUGCGCAUUAGUUUUUGCUUGAUCAUGACAUGGAUGUGGUUAAAUUAUAAGUAAAACUCCGUUCAAUUACUUAACCAAUUUUCUGCGUAUUAAGGUUCAAAUUAAUUAUUUUGAUCCUUCAUUUAAAUAGCCAUCUUUCUUUGCCUAGAAGCUUCCUGAAGUAAAUCAGAACGAGACAUUGAAUUCGAUAGGCCGAUGGAUAAAUUGCAAUAUAUAAAUUAUGGUAAAAUUUAAUGAAUCAUGUAUUUGAAAAAUUUUAAAAUAUUUUUUGCACGUUUUUUUAAUCUUUUUAAUUAAUGCAUGAAAUUUGUGUUAAUAAUGAUUUUAAUUGUAUUAUUUUAAUAAUUUUACGCGUACCCUCCUUAUUCGUAAUUUGAACCUUAUUACGUAGCUUGAGAAGGCAAUAUUCGAACAGCAAUAUAUACUUCUUGAUCUAGCAGGGUGCAUACUGGAUUGUUAUAGUUUCUUCUAUGCUAUCGAACAAUAUAGUAAAUAAUAAGGCUGCUAAAUACGAUAUUAGCCUUAUUCGAUAGUAGUGUAGAUGGCACCACAUGGGUAUUUUUUAUAUGUAUCCAGAAAAUGCAUGCCUGAAACGUCAAUAAUCCACGUCGUUUACAACGUAAAGUGGUAUGAACAAUCAACGAAUUAAUUAAGUAGUAGGUGAAUUAUGUAUAAGAAAUAUCAAUCAGGUCGCUAUAUUUUCCUCUUAUAGAUAUAUAUAUAUAUUCCUUGUUCUUCUAGUCUUAUUAAUUGUUUGUACCACUACUUACUAAAUUUUUCAAAUAUAACUAACCCCAUAUAAAAUAUCCUAUGCUUACUACUGCCCAAAUAAGAGACUAGUGUAUUGAUUAAGGUUAUAUACAUACGGAUAAGGAGAAUUUGUUCCUUGUUGUUCGUUUAAAUGUAUUGGUUUUCUCAUGCAGUGAUUUCUAUAGAUCGUAUUACCUACAGUUUCUUCCUAAGGGAAGGAUGAGUCAAUUGUACUUAAAACGAAAUUAAACCUGCUUUUGUUUCACAUUAAAUCAGUAUUAUGGGCCAGUUCCAAGAAAAAUUAAUUCGUAUUUAACCAUUGAAGAAUUAGUACAAGAAACGUAUACCUGUGUAUUGUAAAAAUUGUAAAUUUGUAUUAUAAUUGUUGUCGCGUUACAUCACAAUGAAAUUAAAAUAAUGUUAUAUGUACAAUAUAAGUUGAAUUUGCGUCGUGUCACGUGUGUUACUGUGUUCAAAAGUUGUUGUUAAUAUAUUUUAUUUGUAAAGUCAUGGUUGACGGGUGAUUGGUUUUAGCAUAUUCUUGGUUAGGACAUAAUUUUCUAAUGGUAAUAUUUUAUUGUAUGAAAGCUGUCUUAUUUAUAGCUUAUAUUAAAACUGUUUUAUUGGUUUGACGUUCACCCACAAAGGCUGUUCAAUGGAAAUAUUAAUAAAUGAAUUAGAUAUAGAAAAAUAAUAACUGAAUAUAAUACGAUUUUAAUAAAAUAGUAACGUUGAAAACAUGUUCCUCUCGUUGUACAGAAAUGAUGAAACCGGUCAGAAUUUUUAAAAAAGCUUGGCGCUAUAUAUUUAUUUUGACGAGGACUCUCUUAUAAUGAAAUAUUUUAUUGUUUUGAGCGUUGUGGUGCACAAAUAAUUUAAAUUGGCUAAUAAUAUUGUGAAUUAAAUGAGUUAAAGUUUUAAGUAGACAUAAUUAUGACCAUGUCCAUGUGCUUGUUUGCAUACGAAUGUUAAUUUUGGAAAUGGUGUAGACUGAUUUAAAAACGAGAUCCGAAAUGCCGAGUUUCGUGUCUCGUUUUAAUCUCUUCAUUAAUUUGUCAUUGAGGUCGGAGUAGAGAUCAAGUGUUAUGUACAAUCUGGCGCACAAUUUUAAUUAUUUUAUUACACGUUAUUUUAUUUCAUGCAAAUUAUAUUUGUGUAUUGUUGUAUCGAAUGUGUAAACAGCCUGUGGUUAGACCCGGAGCUUAGCUGUUUACACAUUUUAUAAUAUAUAUUUCUUGGAUUUCCGAUUUCACACUAUUAUUAAGUUUAAUCAAUUGUGUUCUUAUAGCAAUGGCAAUAAGCGAAAACGUUUAUAAAUAGGUGAUAGAGACGGUCGUGAAAUACAAGAAAUAUAUUUAUUUAAUAUGAAGUAGUCAAAUCGUGCGAAUUGUUGAUCUCAUUUGUAUAUGGACAUGUAGCUCAAUAUGUAGAGGAAUUUUUAAAUAACUCAGAAAUUUAACCGAAUGUAAAUGUCUAUUAUAGCGUAUAUUAAUGUGUAUAUUUUUAAAAGGAGAUUUUUUUAUACAACCCAAUAUUAUGUGACAGUCAGUUGUAUAAAGUUUCCAGUGUCUUAGUACUUUAUGUUAAUGUAGGUAAUGUAAAUAUAUUUUAAAAUGAUAUGUGAUGUGCGUCUUAACGCUUAUAACGAAUGUAUAAUAAGAUAUAUAUGAAUGCGUUGAUGGAUUUGUGUAUAAAUUGAUAUUGUAUAGAUUAACUUGAGUAUGUUGUUCAGAGAUUGACGUUUCGAACAUGAAUAAAUAAGUUUUACACAA